UAUUACUAAUUUACUUGUACCAUCACAUUACAACUGAGUAUCUCUGACGAGUUUGAUCCUAAAACUCUCUCUCUCUAUGUAUGCGAAAUUCAAUCGAAUUUUUUGCUAAACCCUAACCCUAACCCUAGAUGAACAGAAAUUUUGGUUUUCUUCGAUUCCAGGUACCUCAAUUCACAACAUAGGUACCCUAAACAUGAGGUAGAUAAACCCUAGGUUGCAGGAUCUCAUGGACACAUCCCAAUCACAGUCGAUCAUGUCACCUUCACCGUCAAUUGUUGUGAAUUACAUUUUUUCUCCUCCGCCUUCUCCGUCCAGCGACCCCGACGAUGGCGGUUUCGACACGGCAUGGUACGGAAACAUACAGUACCUGCUCAACAUCUCCGCAAUCGGUCUCCUCACUUGCGUCCUCAUCUUCAUCUUCGUCAAGCUCCGCAGCGACCACCGUCGCAUGCCCGGCCCCACCGCCAUUGCCGCGAAGCUCCUCGCCGUGUGGCACGCCACCAGCCGCGAGAUUGCGCGCCACUGCGGUGCCGACGCGGCUCAAUUCCUCCUCAUCGAGGGAGGCAGCUGUGCCGUCCUCUUAGCUAUCGGCGUUCUCUCUAUAUUUGUGAUGCUUCCUCUAAAUCUUUAUGCGGGAAGCGCUGUGAUGGACGACCAGUUUUCGAAGACGACAGUGAAUCAUAUUCCAAAAGGUUCGCCUUUACUCUGGAUUCACUUUGUGUUUGUUAUUGUUGUUGUUGUUUUGGUACACUUUGGCAUAAAUUCAAUUGAACAACGGUUGAGAAUUACUAGGUUUAGAGAUGGUUAUGGAAAUCUAAGUGACCCUAGUGCCAAUUCAACUGCCAUUUUUACUAUAAUGGUGCAGGGGAUACCAAAAACUUUAGGGUUCGAUGCGACUCCCUUAGUGGAGUAUAUUCAACAUAAGUAUCCGGGGAAGGUUUAUAGGGUCGUCGUGCCCAUGGAUUUGUGCGCGUUGGAUGAUUUAGUUUCUGAAUUGGUGAAGGUUAGGGAAGAUAUUACUCGGUUGGUUUCGAGAAUUGAAUUACGGAUUUCAUUGUAUGAUGGUUGUGAUGAAGAAGAUGGAGGUGAUUCUUUGGGGGGAUUAUGGGGUCGGGUGCUUUACUUGUGGAGGAGAGUGAAGGAAAUGUGGGGACAGAUUGUCAGUGAAUUGGGUUUCACAGAUGAAGAAAGGUUAAGAAAAUUGCAAGAAAGGAGAGCUGAUCUAGAGACUGAAAUGGCAGCUUACAAAGAAGGUCGUGCACGGGGUGCUGGAGUUGCAUUUGUGGUAUUUAAGGAUAUAUACACAGCUAAUAAGGCUGUUCAGGAUUUCCGUAAUGAGAAGAAGAGGCGGAUUGGCAAGUUCUUUUCAAUCAUGGAGCUGCAACUACAAAGGAACCAUUGGAAGGUUGAGAGAGCUCCUCUGGCAACUGACAUAUACUGGAAUCAUCUGGGCUCUACAAAACUCUCACUGAAACUCCGCAGGGUGUUUGUCAACACAUGCCUGCUGUUGAUGCUUUUGUUCUGCAGUUCUCCUCUUGCUGCAAUCAGUGCCAUCAAGAGUGCUGGUCGGAUUAUCAAUGCGGAAGCAAUGGAUAAUGCUCAGAUGUGGUUGGCUUGGGUGCAAAGCUCAAGCUGGUUUGCGACCAUAAUUUUUCAGUUCUUGCCCAAUGUUCUUAUUUUUGUGAGCAUGUAUAUAGUGGUCCCAUCAGCUCUUUCUUAUCUCUCCAAAUUUGAGCGGCAUCUUACUGUGUCUGGGGAGCAAAGAGCUGCACUUUUGAAGAUGGUUUGCUUCUUUCUAGUAAAUCUAAUUCUUCUGAGGGCUCUUGUUGAAUCAUCACUAGAGGGUACACUCUUAAGGAUGGGUCGUUGUUAUUUGGAUGGAGAAGAUUGCAAAAAAAUUGAGCAGUACAUGAGUGCAUCAUUCCUUUCACGGUCAUGUCUCUCUUCUCUUGCAUUUCUAAUCACAAGCACUUUCUUGGGAAUAUCGUACGAUCUAUUGGCUCCAAUACCUUGGAUAAAAAAGAAGCUUCAGAAGUUUCGGAAGAAUGACAUGCUUCAGCUGGUACCAGAACAAGGUGAGGAGUACCCAUUGGAAAAUCAGGAUAUAGAUAGCCUGCAGAGACCUCUGAUGCCUGAAGGAGCAUUUGACACGAUGGUCAGCAAUAAUGGAACAUCACAUAGCUCCAUAACUAGUGGAAUUGAUUUACCGGGACAUGAUCUCUCUGACUACCCAAUUAGCCGAACCUCACCUGUGCCAAAGCAGACAUUUGAUUUCGCACAAUAUUAUGCAUUCAAUCUGACAAUAUUUGCGCUGACCAUGAUAUAUUCUUCAUUUGCUCCUAUUGUGGUUCCUUUUGGUGCAAUUUAUUAUGGGUAUAGGUAUGUGGUCGAUAAGUACAACUUUCUAUUCGUAUACAGAGUCCGGGGUUUUCCUUCUGGCAACGAUGGGAGGUUGAUGGAUACUGUAUUGUGUAUCAUGCGGUUCUGUGUGGAUUUGUUCCUCCUCUCAAUGCUCUUGUUCUUUUCGGUCCAAGGAGACUCCACAAAGCUGCAAGCUAUAUUCACCCUUGGUGUGUUAGUAAUGUAUAAACUGUUGCCUUCGGAUAAUGAUAGCUUUCAACCGGCUCUGUUGGAAGGCAUACAGACUGUUGACAAUGUUAUAGUAGGACCCAUAGAUUAUGAGGUUUACUCACAACCCAAAUUUGAAUGGGAUACAGAUCAUUUGUGAUGUGAUUGUGUGAGCUCUAACACACUUCCACUUAGUUCUCGUGUUGUAUUACUGUUCAGGUUGGCCUUUAAACUAAAAUCUAUUCUUGGAUAUAUAUUCAUAUCUUUCUGAUA